AUAUAUAUGGAAGGAGGAACGAUGGUGGUGAACGAAGGAGACGAUGCGUUGAUCGGUUUGCCUCCGGGAUUUAGAUUUCAUCCUACGGAUGAGGAGAUUAUAACUCAUUAUCUUACUCCUAAAGUUGUUAAUAGAAGCUUCACCGCCAGCGCCAUCGGAGAAGUUGACCUCAACAAGUGUGAACCAUGGGAUUUACCUAGGAAAGCAAAGAUGGGGGAGAAAGAAUGGUUCUUCUUUUGUCAAAGAGACAGGAAGUAUCCGACAGGGAUGAGAACCAACCGAGCCACAGAUUCCGGCUACUGGAAGGCCACCGGAAAAGAUAAGGAGAUACUGAAAAAAGGAAAAUCCGGCGGAAGAUUGGUGGGGAUGAAGAAGACACUUGUUUUUUACAAAGGAAGAGCACCCAAGGGAGAGAAAACCAACUGGGUCAUGCAUGAAUUUAGGCUUGAAGGCGAUUUCUCAUAUUACAACAUGUCUAGAGCCUCCAAGGAUGAAUGGGUAGUAUGUCGAGUCGUGCAAAAGAACACUGAAAUGAAAAGAAACCCAAUUUCGGAUUCUGGGAUGACAAGAAUGAACUCUUUUGUGGAUGAGUUAUUGGAUAGUCCGCCAUGGUUGCCACCGUUGAUGGAUCCUCCGGCUCCUCAUUUCGACCCAGAUAGGGCCGGGUCAAGUUUUACUUCAUCGGAUAAAAUCAUCACCAACAACCACACUGAAAAUUCAAGUGUUCAAAAAUUCAAGGGUUUGGUCGAUCAUGAAAACUGCCCAUCCUAUUUCUCACAUGACCAAUCUCAAAUGCUUCAACGAGACCAAGAUUACAAAAACUUCCUUGUUUCUCCUUAUAAUUACAACUUUGACACCAACUCCUACCAAAUGAGCCCAUUCAUUAGUGACCACCAACUCUCAACACACCCUAACUUUGCAUCAACCCUUGCUAACAAUUUCCCAUAUUUAUCAUCACCCGGGUCGACCCGUUACAUGGACCAGGCUAGUGGGCUAGAGGGGGAGGCGGAGAAAGUUGGCGGGCAAUGCAAAGUGGAGCCGUAUGUUACGAGUACCAACCAAUCUAGCAAGAUUAGUGUGACAUCACAGGAUACUGGUGUUAGCAAUGACAUAACAACAGAGAUAUCAUCUUCGUCCAAACAUGAUAUGAGUAUGAGGCCGUAUGAUCAUCCAGAUGAUCAAACGACCCCAUCUGUGCUUUCAGAGUUGGAUUCUUUGCUGGAAUAUUAAUCAACAAAGAUGUUAGCUCGAUUUAAUUGCUAAUUAACCUUCAUAAUUGUCCUUGAUCCAAAUUAAACACUUGCAUUCUUAGGAUUAGUUUCUCUCUUAGGAUAGAUAGUGAGUGACUUUGUGUUUAUCAUCUUUAGGAUUAGGACAUUAGUUAUUGGAUGUAAAUUAAUUCAUUUGAAAUUGUGUACAUAACUUAUUAAAAUUCCUAUUUAAGAUUGGUUCUUCAA